ACGUCACACUAGAUUAUGCAUAAGAACGUCGUGAGCAAAGUUUGUAUGUUUGGGAGCCUCUUGCAUUCAACUCGCAUUCGUCCUCGAGUUCGUGUGGAAGCCAUUCAGAGCGGAGGUGGCCAGGAGCGUGGCAUUCGAAGUGGAACCGUUCCGACUCCACUGGUCGUUGGAUUGGGGGAAGCCUGUGAAAUCGCUAGCCGUGAAAUGGAGUACGAUCACAAAUGGAUGGAGUUCCUCUCGAAACGCCUGAUGGACCAAAUCUUCGCAUCGCUACCGAAAGUCAUCCGCAAUGGCGAUCCAGUUCAUUCUUAUCCCGGAUGUAUCAAUCUGUCGUUUGCAUACGUUGAGGGUGAAUCGCUGUUGAUGGCGCUGAAAGACGUUGCCCUCUCGAGUGGGUCGGCUUGCACUUCGGCUUCGCUGGAACCGUCGUAUGUGCUGCGUGCGAUUGGUAACGACGAAGAUCUGGCUCACAGCUCGAUUCGCUUUGGCAUCGGACGGUUUACCACCAUCGAGGAAAUCGACUACAUAGCUGAAAAGUGCAUCAAGCACGUGACUCGACUCCGAGAGAUGUCCCCGCUGUGGGAGAUGGUCCAGGAAGGUAUCGACAUCAAGUCGAUCCAGUGGUCGCAGCAUUAGAGCGGACGGGUCGGGGCAUAUUUUAAAGAGAGAUUUGAUUUUGUAUGUUCUGCUGUGUAUGGUUGAAUUCAGUGAGGGUUUUUUUUUAAUUGUUAAUCAUUGAUUGUGUUAUUAACACAUCCACUUUUGGUAGUAAGUAGGUAUUGAGACGAGAGAAAAAUAAUGUAUAGCUUUGCUACAUAUGCUAUUAGAGACAGCAAUAAAUCUUAAGACAGUGAAAUCAUUGUGAGUAUUUCAUCAUUCACUUGGCGAAAAAACUUCCUAUCAGCGAUUGUUUGAAAUAGUAUAAACUUUGUUAGUUCCCGUCAAGGACGGCGUUGUUACGACUA